AUAGUAGUUAAAGUUGUCUAAAAAGUUGUCUACCAAGUUGUUCCUAUUUCCUAGCAUUAUUUUAUCCUUAAAUCUUUCCUAGAUCUAUAUAUAGCACUCUUUCCUUGGGAUAACUUAGAUCUUUCCUAGAUCUAUAUUCACUCCUAAAAGUGAAUGAUAUGGGGAUAACUUCUACAACUACAACAUGCUGUCUCAUAGUGGUCCCUUUGGUUCUUCUAUGGGGAUGGAAGAUCCUGAAUUGGCUAUGGUUAAGGCCAAAGAGACAAGAAAAAGUGUUGAGAGCACAAGGCCUUCAAGGAAAUCCAUACAAGGUUUUGGUUGGAGACACAAAGGAGAUGAUUAAGUUGAUGAUGGAAAAUGCAAAAUCUCCAAUAUUCACUAAUUUUCUCUCAGAUGAUAAAGAUGUCACACCACAUGUCUUCACAUUUAUUCAUCAUAUUUUCCACAAAUUUGGCAAGAAUUCUUUUUUAUGGGAAGGUCCAAAUGCAAAAGUGAUCAUUACAAAUCCUGACCAAAUUAAGGAAAUCUUCAACAACAUGCAUGACUUUGUGAAACCUAAGUUGAGUCCCCUUUUCAAGCUAUUGGGCACAGGACUUGCAAAUUAUGAAGGUGAGCAAUGGCGGAUCCAUCGAAAGAUUAUCAGUCCCGCUUUCUACUCCGAAAAAUUGAAGAUUAUGUCACCUAUAUUUUCCCAAUGUUGUGAUGAAAUGAUUAGCAAAUGGGAAGAGAUGUCUUCAGAUGGGAAAUUUGAAAUUGAUGUGAGGCCUUUCGUUCAAACUUUGACAUGUGAUGUCAUUUCUAAAACAGCGUUUGGAAGUAGUUAUGAAGAAGGAAAAAGAAUAUUUGAACUUAUAAAAGAACAAGCCAAGCUUAUUAUGAUAUUGCGCAAUUUUUAUAUUCCGGGUUGGAGGUAUCUACCAACAACUACACAUAGGAGGAUGACAAAAAUUGAUAAAGAUAUGCAAGCAUCACUAAGGGCAAUAAUCAACAAAAGAAAGAAAGCAAUGAUGGAUGGUGAAGUCCUAAACAAUGAUUUAUUAGGCAUACUUUUGGAAUCAAAUAAAAAAGAAAUACAAGAAAAUGGAAACAAUAAGAAUGCUGGUAUGAGUGACCAAGAAGUACUUGAGGAAUGCAAUGCAUUCUACCUUGGAGGACAAGAAACCACAUCAGUUCUAGUUGUUUGGACAAUGAUAUUGUUGAGUAGAUAUCCUAAUUGGCAAGCACGCGCUAGGGAGGAAGUCUUGCAAGUUUUUGGCAAUCAAAUGCCAAACAAUGACGGGAUAAGUCGCCUAAAAAUAGUAACAAUGAUUCUCUAUGAGGUACUAAGGUUAUACCCACCUACAAUUUACUUCAAUCGAGUAGCUCGCAAAGAUGUAAAACUUGGAAAUAUUUUCCUACCAGCGGGGGUACAUGUUUCUCUACCGAUACUCUUAAUUCACCACAAUCGCGAUAUUUGGGGUGACGAUGCUACAGAAUUCAAUCCAGAAAGAUUUUCCCAAGGAAUUGCAAAGGCAACAAAGGGACAAGUUAUUUUUUUCCCAUUUGGUUAUGGUCCUAGAGUGUGCCCUGGGCAAAACUUUGCUUUAUUACAAGCAAAGAUUAUUUUGUCACAAAUUCUACAACGUUUCUCAUUUGAACUUUCACCUACCUAUGCUCAUGCUCCAACAACUGUGUUCACUCUUAAUCCAAAACAUGGGGCUCAUAUCAUUUUACACAAAUUAUAGUGUCAUUCGUAUGUAGAAUUAUAAAUAAAUUAUCUUCGUGUAACUUUAUUUUAUGUUUUCAUUGUACUUGUGAGGGAAUACUUUUCUAAAUUAUGUGGAAUGGUAAGCAGGGUUCGUACGCUAA